AUGAUUUUAUUUUUAAGACAAUUAAUAAAGAAUAUUAUUGAUACAAUAAUUGCAAUACAACAAAAUAUUGAUACCAACAUUCAUUUAUUAUUAUUUAAAUAUAAUCAAGUCAUAAUAGGGCCUGUUAAAAAAUCGUCGAUUUUUUUGACGAUCCAUUCUAGAUUUCAAACUGUUUUAAUUAAUAUUUUGAAAUUAGGACCUAUUCCAGAGCAUGUAUCAUUUAUUAUGGAUGGUAAUAGAAGGUAUGCUAAAUCCAAUAAUUUACCCUUAAAGAAAGGUCAUGAGGCUGGUGGGAUUCGACUUCUAUCAUUAUUAUAUUUCUGUAAAAAAGUUGGGAUUAAUUGUGUAUCUACAUAUGCAUUUUCUAUUGAGAAUUUUAAUCGACCAAAGAAUGAAAUUGAUCUUUUAAUUAAAUUAUUCAAUAAUAAGAUUGACGAGUUUUUAAAGAGAUCCAAUGAUAUUAGCGACCAAUUGUAUGGAGCUAAUUUAAAGAUUGUGGGGAAUGUUAAAUUAUUAUCGGAAGAAUUACAAGUGAAAAUUCAAAAUUUAAAUGAAAAAUGUGAUAAUUCUAAAGAGGAUAAAUCCACUCAAUUCACAGUAUAUGUUUGUAUGCCAUAUACAUCGAGAGAUGAUAUAUAUAAUACCAUUAAUAAAACGGUACAAACAACCACUGAUAGUUCCACGAUCAAUGUGGAAAGUUUCACCAAAUCGAUGUAUUUAAAGGAUUUUUCUAAUGAAUGUGACAUUUUGAUUCGUACGAGUGGACAUCGUCGAUUAAGUGAUUAUAUGUUGUGGCAAACACAUAAUAAUAGUUCUAUUUAUUUUUCUAAAUAUUUAUGGCCUGAUUUCAAUUUUUUCCAAUUAUUUUUAAUCUUAUUGAAUUGGUCAUUUUUCACCUCGAUUUCCAGAUUUUAUUCGCAUGCGAUGAAUAAUGAUACUACCAUUUCGUUCACCAAGAAAAAGGGAAUCAAUCUCAAUGACUUGCCUCCCCCACCAAAGAGUAUUUCUAUUACGGGGAGUUCUGAGUGA